AUGGCUGAUGGGGCAUUUAAAGAUGAUGAAACACACUUGAUGACGUCAAAGAUUGAAAGGCGGUCAAAUUAUACACAGCUUUUUAAGCACAUACCCACCAAGCUCCACUAUCACAUGAUAGUGGUACGACCGCCGCGGGCUAUAUAUGUUGAGGCUAACGCAUAA